GUGGUCAGAGUCAUGCCAGGAAAACCUGCGCCCAUCAAGAAGUCCCCGGCCAAGAAGGCCGCGGGGAAGGCUUCUCCUGAGGCCGCUUCUCCUGAGGCCACUUCUCCUGAGACCGUCCCUGAGAAGGUUCCUGAGCCUGAACCUGCUCCUGUAGAAGAUGUUCCUCCGCCUGUAGAAGCUCCAGCAUCAGCUGAAGCUGUAGCUGAAACACCAGCUGCUCCUGCUCCUGCAGCUCCAGCUCCAGCUCCAGCAGACGCUGUUGUAGCUGAGGAGCUGCCCAAAGCGCCAACACCGCCCCCUGCUGCAGGCUCAUCUGACCGUCCUCCAGCUCCCAGCAGCGCUCCUCUGGACGUGUCUUUGGACGACGUGAACAACUCCAGCUUCACCAUCAAGUGGGACAUGCCGGCGACAAUCGGAGCCACCGGCCUUGAGGGAUACACCAUCGAGUACCGCAAGGAUGGAACGUCAGACUGGAUUGUCGCUAACGAGUAUCCGACGCAAGGGAACCACUACUGCAUCAAGAACCUGACGACCGGCGACCUGAUGCACGCCCGCGUGUUCGCAGUUAACCGUGCAGCUCGCAGUGAACCUGGCGUCCUGGCCGAGCCUGUGAUAAUCCAUGAGAUUGGGGAUCGUCCCAAGAUCCGCAUGCCACGCAUUCUCCGCUCUCGCUACAUCCGACAGGUCGGAGAGCAGGUCAACGUGGUCAUUCCAUUUCUCGGGAAACCCAAACCCGUGGUGUCGUGGCUGAAGAACGGUCAGCCUCUGGACAUGAAGAGGGUCAACAUCAGGAACAGCGACCGCGACAGCAUCAUGUUCAUCCGCUCGGCUGAGAGGGAGGACUCCGGCAAUUACGAGAUGACCGUCAAAGUGGACAGCUUUGAAGACAAAGCCACGCUCGUGCUGCAGAUUGUGGAGCUGCCUGGUCCUCCUGCCAGUGUGAAGCUGGUCGAUGCCUGGGGCUUCAACGCUUCCCUGGAAUGGACUCCUCCAAAGGACAACGGCAACUCAGACAUCACCGGCUACACCGUUCAGAAGGCAGACAAGAAAACCGGGGACUGGUUCACGGUGCUGGAGCAUUUCCACAGACUCAGUGUCACCGUCACCGACCUCGUCAUGGGAAACUCGUACGUAUUCAGGGUGUUCGCCGAGAACCAAGUGGGGCGGAGUCAGACGGCUGCCGUCACCAAAAAGGUGGCCACCGUCCCGAAGACAGGUAUCGUCUAUAAACCUCCUCAGUACGUGGACCACGACUUCGCCGAGGCCCCGAAGUUCACCACGCCCCUGAGCAACCACGCCGCCACAGUGGGAUACACCACCAAGCUGCUGUGUGCUGUCCGUGGAUGCCCCAAGCCAAAGAUCGAGUGGAUGAAAAACCAGAUGAUCAUCGGUAACGACCCAAAGUACCGACAGAUCUCAACCCAGGGCGUCUGCUCGCUGGAGAUCAGGAAGCCCAGCAGCUUUGACGGCGGCGUGUACACCUGCAGAGCCAAGAAUGACCAGGGGGAGGCAGUGGUCUCCUGCAAGCUGGAGGUCAAGAAGGUGAUUCAUCCAGAGGCAGAGAAGAGCAAAUAAACGAAUGAGUGCCUUUAAUGGACCAGCAGAAGUCCAGGUCUUAUGUUUGAAGGUACGUUCACAUGUGUGUGGAAAUCCACCUCAGAUUAAGUCUAAGAUAUCUUAAGAACAAAUGUCUUAUUUUUACAGUUCGGCUUUAAAUAUCCUUUGUUAAGGUUUAACUCAGUGACCCAAAG